AUGGACAUUGACGACGCCGUGCCCCCUCCCAUUCGUCGUUGGGCCAGAGCCACUCUGGAGGCACAGCAGCAGCAGCAGCAACACACACAUGAUGGCGCCUUUGUGUCGGACGGCACCCACGAGGAACUAGGUGUAGACGACGCUGCCCCACCCCCAAUAGCGUCGACGCCAUCAGCUUCGGUUCAUGGUCGUCACUACACUGAGCCCACGCGUCAUCCACCCCUUUCGCCAACUGUGAAUCCACUGCGGUUACAUCCAGUCGACCCACCACCGCACCCAACUCUUACCCGCAAAUCUUCAUGUUUGUUUCGGCAAGUAGAAGCUGGCCACGGCCCGUCACCUGACCCGGCUCCCGUAGUCCAGCCGCCAACUGCUCGGCGCCAUGCACGUGGGCUUGUUUCGUAUCGCAACAACAAGAGAGAAAUCAACAACACCAAGAGACUUCCUCCCCAUCUGCGCCGACAAACCUCUUUGGAGACGAUUGAUUCAGUGACGACCAGUGCUUCGGACGACCAAAGCGAAUGUGGCCAUGACAUGGCCGAAGCCGAGGCCCCUUGGUCGGAAUGGUACACGUUGGAAGACGAUGCACUUGGCAGUCGGCCGCCCAGUGUCGUUUCCAAGCCGUCGUCGAUGCACUCGGCAAGUGACAGCUCGGGACAGUCGGUCACGCCUGUCGAAACACGCAUUGAGCAUGCAAGUGUUGAGCAGCACACGCCUCAGUCCCUGUUUCGGAAGAUGAUACCUCGGAAAUUGUCAGACAGGUUACAAGAGGCGCCUCCUGGCCCUGCUCGUAUGGUGAUUGAAAAGUCGACGACGAUUGACCGAUGCUCAUACCACGUUAGCCCAUCAGCGUCAGCCUCGUCGCCGAGCGAAGAGCAGCGCUCUGUGGAUUCGGCACUAGACGAAGCCAAAAGAAGCCAAUGCAGCGGAAGCAGCAAAUGGAGCUCGAGUGGAUAUGACACGAGCAUGCUUUCGGAAGGCGAGAUGAAGAGAUGCCAGAAGAAGGGCAUCAAUCCAGCCUUGUAUGCCGAAAUGCGAGCUGCGAGGAAAGGAAAGUGGGCUAGCCCCAUCGCUGGGAACAGCUUUCUCUAG